UCCGGGGUAUGCAUCCUAAAAAUGUACAUUUGGCGGUUCGCAUGACGUCAUCAUGCUGCGCGAAGCCUCCCCCAAAUGUGUCUUCUUUCUCCAUUGAGGAAAAAAGUCUGCACCCCAACCAAACUUCGUAGUCCAUCAUAUCCCAGCAUUCUUUGCGCGCUUCCGUCUAGCCUUUAAAAAAAAGUCAACAUUACGGUGCAAAGCUCACGGAAUCGAGCGUUGCCACUUGCGGAAGAGAAAGCAAGGAUACACACUCCAUACAGUAAUUAGGAACACCUCCAAGGAUGGACCCUGAAGUGUCCUUGCUGCUGCACUGUGAAACCUGGCGAGGGCUGCGUCAAUCCCAAGUGCGUGUGGAGCUCUCCGAAAGGUAUAAUCGUCAGACGGACGCAGAUCUCGAACGUCACAUCGCAGAGGUCUGGGCGGCACGGGUGUCCAAGGAGCCGUGGCUUUUCAACGGCGCCAAAUUCAGACUGCACUCUUUCCGCUUGGCUUCGCCUGCCACGGAGCUCUCGCGCUGCCGUCAGUCACGCCGAGGCUCUACAGACAAGGAGACGCUUGACGUGCCGCUGCUCACGCUGAGAGUCGGACUCACCUCCUACAAGGACUACCUGGGGACCAACUGGUCCUCGGCGGUGGCAGACCUCCGUAGACGCGGUAAGGCGGACUUUGGCGGCGGCGAUGCCCUGCUGGCCCAACCGUUGGGCGUGGGCGCCAUCAUGUGCACGGGUGACAAACGGGUGGUGUUGAUCAGGCGCAGUCAGAAAGUCGCCGAGGCGGGCGAGAAGCUGGACAUUCCUGGUGGUCACCCAGAACCGAAGCUGGUGUGUGAGAGUCUGGGUGAGGAGACCAUCACCAUGAACCUGCUGGAGAAGAGUCCCGAAGCUGUCGUCUCUGAGCUUUUCUUAUCUGUGUGUGCUGAGAUUAGAGACGAGGUGAACGUUCCUCUGAGCUCCCUCGGAGAGCCUCUGCUGAUGGGCGUCGCUCUGAAUCACACCAGCGCCGGGAGACCGAGUGCAGAGUUCUACGUCAGUUGUUCACUGUCAUCAGCUGAAGUCAAAGCGCUGUACUGGAAAGGAGGAGCCGAGGCCAGCGAGUCCACCGACAUCGUCUUCCUCGACAAAGUGGAGGUGUUGGGGCUGGACAGGGGCAGCCCUCUGUGGGCGGAGCUGUGUCCUUCCGCCAAAGGGGCGGUGCUGCUUUACCAAAGAGUGAAGCCUGACGCGGAAACGAGAGGCGAAGAAAGCGGCGCUCGGAGGUCACAUUAGGCAAGGAUUGGCAAGCUCUGCUGUAAUACGACUGAGAUUUAUUACUCCUGUCAAGAGCGCUAGAAAGCCGACUCGUUAUUCCAAACUGUACAGUUUAUGUAUUAAAGUAUUUUCAAUAAAAAAUAUUUAAAAAA